CUUCUAACUUACGAGCUUUUAAACCAUGAUGGCCAGGCUGUAGAAGUGUUGGUCUCUGCUGGUGUUUGUUUCAUUGUUUGGUCUCUUCAAAGAAAAGUUAAAAAUAAAAAAACAGAAGAGGUUGAAGUUGCGGUUAUGAUUACGAAUACCCGGUUUUCUCUAUGAUUCGAUUCCUAAGCAGAAGAGUGAGAAAUCAGAAUCGAUGGGUAAUUUAUUAGCGAAGAAGCCAAAGGUAACAGAUGUCGAUCGAGCAAUCCUCGCACUCAAGACCCAAAGACGCAAGCUUGCUCAAUAUCAACAAAAGCUUGACGCUGUUAUCGAAGCAGAAAAGCAAGCUGCACGAGACUUGAUUCGUGAAAAGAAGAAAGACAGGGCCUUGUUAGCACUAAAGAAAAAAAAGGCACAAGAAGAAUUGUUGAAGCAAGUUGAUGCAUGGCUUAUAAAUGUUGAGCAACAAUUAGCAGAUAUUGAACUGGCAAGCAAGCAGAAGGCUGUUUUAGAAAGUUUGAAGGCUGGUAAUGAUGCAAUGAAAGCCAUACAAAGUGAGAUAAACAUUGAGGAUGUUCAGAAACUUAUGGAUGACACUGCUGAAGCUAAAGCUUAUCAAGAUGAAAUUAACGCAAUACUAGGGGAGAAAUUAUCAGCAGAAGACGAGGAGGAGAUUUUAGCAGAAUUUGAGAACUUGGAAACCCAGCUUGCAGUCCAUGAUCUUCCAGAAGUUCCUACCUCAGUUCCUGAAGAAAUCAACGAAAAGUUGGACCUUCCUGAUGUCCCAACCAAGGCACCAGCUACCAGUGAUGCUGAAGUAUCUACAAAAAGAAAAGUUAUGGAGGAACCAUUGGCAGCUUGAAGAAUAUUGUCACCGAAACAUCUCAACUGCUUUGCAAACCAAGGUGCAGUACCUAGUCUUCAUGUCUGCCUGUACCAUACGUUGCAAAUUUCGUGCAGUUAAUGGAGUUUUGAUCGGUUUAAGUAUUUGUAGUGAUAUUUUUAUUUUAUUUUUGGUUACAUGAGGAGAUCCUAGCCCUACGAAAAACAUAAAAUUUAAAUAGAAACAGACAUUUAAUUUGCAUUUAUAUUCAAUUUGUACAGAUGUGCAUAUAUAAUAAA